GGCCGGGGCUGCGGCGCGGCCUGCAGCGGCGCGACGGGACGGGCGGCCGGGCCCCGCCGCCCCCGCCGCCGGCCUUUGUCUCCGCGGGGCUCGGCGGACGCGGCGGGGGCGGUUAGAAUGGAACUGACGGAAGGCCCUAUGAGAAGAAGGGAAAGCUGAGGAUGCUGGAGCAGAACAAUGGAUUUCUCGUUCUCUUUCAUGCAAGGGAUCAUGGGAAACACAAUUCAGCAGCCACCUCAGCUCAUUGACUCCGCCAACAUCCGCCAGGAGGAUGCCUUCGAUGCCAGCAGCGACAUCGCUGAAGAUGGUGGGCAGACGCCGUACGACAGCGCCCUGCAGCAAGGCUUCCAGUACCCCACGCCCACGGCCGAGGACCUCCCGCCCCUCACCAACGGCUAUCCCCCCGCCAUCAACGUCUACGAACCUCAAGCCAAGUACCAGGCCUACAGCCAGUAUCCCAAUGGCUCAGCCAACGGCUUUGGUACCGUCAGAAACUUUAGUCCCCCGGAGUAUUACCAAAUGGAAAACUCUAACGCGAGGCCGCACGAAGUUCUGGAGAAACCUCCCCCUCCCCAGCCGCCGCCUCCGCCGCCACCUUCAGUUUCACAAACGGGGAUUCCAAAGAAGACUGGCUCACCAGAGAUCAAACUGAAAAUAACCAAAACUAUCCAGAACGGCAGGGAAUUGUUUGAGUCCUCUCUGUGUGGGGACCUUUUAAAUGAAGUACAAGCGAGUGAGUAUGCUAAGGCGAAACAUGAAGGGAGAAAAGAGAAAAGGAAAAAAAGUAGCAAGCAUGACUCUUCCCGGUCGGAAGAGCGCAAGUCGCACAAAAUUCCAAAACUAGAACCAGAGGAACAAAAUAGACCAAAUGAGAGGCUUAGCAUGCUAUCAGACAGACCAAGAGAAGAUGCACUGUUGGAGGAACCCCCGGUCCAGCAGUUCUUGCCUUCUCUUCCACCACAAGUCGCCCACGACAUCAAGUUUCAGGUUGGCGAUCUGGUUUGGUCCAAGGUGGGAACGUACCCAUGGUGGCCUUGCAUGGUUUCAUGUGAUCCACAGCUUGAUGUUCAUACCAAAAUUAACACAAGAGGUGCCCGUGAAUACCAUGUUCAGUUUUUUAGCAACCAGCCGGAGCGGGCGUGGGUGCACGAGAAGAGGGUUCGAGAGUACAAAGGACACAAACAGUAUGAGCAGUUACUGGCAGAGGCUGCUAAGCAAGCCAGCAACCACUCUGAGAAACAGAAGAUUCGCAAACCAAGGCCGCAAAGAGAGCGUGCUCAGUGGGAUAUUGGUAUUGCCCAUGCUGAGAAAGCGUUGAAAAUGACUCGGGAAGAAAGGAUAGAACAAUACACCUUCAUUUAUAUAGACAAAGAGCCAGAGGAGGUUUUGUCAAAAGGCAAAAAGACUGCUGCUUCUAAAUCAGAGACCAAGAAGAACCGACGUCCCAAGCCAGCACUGAACACCCAGCCAGAGCAUGCCAACGUGGUAGCAGCCUUGCCUUCCAGUGCGGAGCUGCGAAGACAAAGCCAACGGAGGCAGUCGAGUGUGGAAGAGGAGGAGCCACCUCCUGUGAAAAUUGCAUGGAAAACUGCUGCAGCUAGAAAAUCCUUACCAGCUUCAAUAACCAUGCACAACUUGGAUCUUCAGAAAUGUAACAUGUCUCCGGUUGUUAAAAUUGAACAGGUUUUUGCUCUUCAGAAUGCUGCUGGGGACGGAAAACUCAUCGAUCAGUUUGUUUAUUCUACUAAGGGAGUUGGUAACAAAACGGAAAUCAGUGUCAAAGGCCAAGAAAAACUUAAUUCUUCAUCAAAUCAGAGAAAUGAAAAAACAACGGUGCAAAAUGCGUCUUCUCCUGAAACAACUCCUGGGUCAACAGGUUCUUUAGAAAAGAAGCAACAGAGAAGAUCGAUUCGAACCCGCUCAGAGUCUGAGAAAUCCACUGAAGUUGUGCCAAAGAAGAAGAUCAAAAAGGAGCAGGUUGAAAUGGUUCCACUGACAGCAGUGAAGACAGGAUUGCAGAAAGGUGCCAGCGAGAUUUCAGAUUCUUGUAAACCUUUAAAGAAGAGGAGUCGUGCCUCGACUGAUGUAGAACUGACCAGCUCAGCUUACAGGGAUACAUCUGACUCUGAUUCAAGAGGACUUAAUGAUUUACAGGGUAGUUUUGGAAAACGUUCAGACAGCCCAUCAGCUACUGCCGAUGCUGAUGCUUCUGAUGUGCAGUCGGUAGACUCUAGCUUAUCCAGGAGAGGAACUGGAACAACUAAAAAAGACACUGUUUGUCAGAUCUGCGAAAGCUCUGGCGAGUCUCUGGUGUCCUGCGAGGGCGAGUGCUGCAGCGUCUUUCACAUGGAGUGUCUGGGCCUGACGUCGAUGCCAGAUGAGAAGUUUUUCUGCGCGGAGUGUAAAAAUGGAGAACAUACGUGCUUCUCAUGCAAACUUCCUGGCAAAGAUGUGAAGCGCUGUUCUGUCAACGCGUGUGGUAAAUUUUACCACGAGGCCUGUGUUCGCAAGUUUGCCACUGCUCUCUUUGAGUCGCGAGGAUUUCGUUGCCCGCAGCACUGCUGUACGGCCUGCUCAGUGGAUAAGGAUAUCCAUAAAGCAAGCAAAGGUCGCAUGGUGAGAUGUUUCAGAUGUCCCAUUGCCUAUCACUCAGGAGAUGGCUGUAUUGCUGCAGGAAGCUUGUUUGUGUCAUCCCACAUUCUCAUCUGUAGUAACCAUUCCAAAAGGAAUCACUCCUCAUCAGCUGUAAAUGUAGGCUUUUGUUUCGUUUGUGCAAGAGGGCUGGUAGUGCAGGAUCAUUCAGACCCCCUGUUCAGUUCAUAUGCCUAUAAGUCCCACUACCUACUGAAUGAAUCAAAUCGUGCUGAGUUGAUGAAAUUACCUAUGAUUCCUCCUCCUUCGUCAGCUUCCAAAAAGAAAUGUGAGAAAGGUGGAAAACUGUUGUGCUGUGAAUCGUGCCCAGCUUCCUUUCACCCCGAGUGUCUCAACAUAGAAAUGCCUGAAGGAUGCUGGAAUUGCAAUGACUGUAAAGCUGGCAAGAAGCUACGAUACAAGCAGAUUGUUUGGGUCAAGCUUGGAAAUUACAGGUGGUGGCCAGCAGAGAUCUGCAAUCCCAGGUCUGUGCCUCUCAACAUACAGGGCCUCAAACAUGAUAUCGGGGACUUCCCAGUAUUUUUCUUUGGUUCACAUGACUACUAUUGGGUACACCAGGGCAGAGUUUUCCCUUAUGUUGAAGGAGAUAAAAGCUUUGCUGAGGGGCAAACUAGUAUUAACAAGACCUUCAAGAAAGCACUUGAAGAAGCGGCAAAGCGCUUCCAGGAGCUGAAAGCACAAAGAGAAAGUAAAGAAGCAUUAGAAAUUGAAAGGAAUUCAAGGAAACCUCCACCUUAUAAACACAUUAAAUCCAACAAGGUGAUAGGGAAGGUUCAGAUUCAGGUAGCUGACCUGUCGGAAAUCCCUCGCUGUAACUGCAAGCCAUCUGAUGAGAACCCCUGUGGCCUGGAGUCAGAGUGUCUGAACAGGAUGCUCCAGUACGAGUGCCACCCCCAGGUGUGCCCAGCGGGAGAGCGAUGUCAGAACCAGUGCUUCACCAAAAGACUCUACCCUGAUGCUGAAAUCAUAAAGACAGAUCGACGUGGAUGGGGUCUCAGGACAAAACGGAACAUUAAAAAGGGUGAAUUUGUGAAUGAAUAUGUUGGUGAGCUAAUUGACGAAGAAGAGUGCAGGCUGCGGAUUAAACGUGCUCAUGAAAACAGCGUGACCAAUUUUUAUAUGUUAACUGUUACAAAGGAUCGGAUAAUAGACGCUGGUCCAAAGGGGAAUUAUUCCCGCUUUAUGAACCAUAGUUGUAAUCCAAACUGUGAAACGCAGAAAUGGACGGUGAACGGUGACAUUAGAGUUGGACUGUUUGCUCUCUGUGAUAUUCCUGCAGGAAUGGAGUUAACAUUUAAUUAUAAUUUGGAUUGCCUUGGCAAUGGUAGGACCGAAUGUCAUUGUGGAGCAGAAAACUGCAGUGGUUUCCUAGGAGUGCGUCCAAAGACAGCAUUUGCAACAGCAAAUGAAGAGAAGGUAAAGAAUGCAAAAUUAAAGCAGAAGAAACGGAAAAUAAAAACAGAACAGAAGCAGAUGCAUGAAGACAACUGCUUCCAGUGUGGAGAUGGGGGAGAACUAGUUAUGUGUGAUAAAAAGGACUGUCCCAAAGCAUACCACCUCCUAUGCCUUAACCUGACUCAACCACCUUUUGGAAAGUGGGAAUGUCCGUGGCAUCAGUGUGACAUCUGUAGCAAUCCUGCAGUUUCAUUCUGUGAGUUUUGCCCUCAUUCGUUCUGUAAAGAUCAUGAGAAGGGAGCCUUGGUGGCAUCAGCUUUGGAUGGCCGUCUCUGCUGCUCCACACAUGACCCCAAAUCUCCUGUGGCACCUGAGUACUGGAACAAGAUAAAAUGCAAAUUGGAACUUCAGAAUCCUGUAGAAGAAGCAAAGGAAUAAAUUUGGUUAGAAAACAAAGGAGAGAAGAUGGGCAAAUAGGCGAUGAACUUGAAGAGACUGCUACGACGCAUUCAGUCUUUAUCAUCGGAGCCGUCUUGUGUGAACUGGGAAUGGGACCAUUUAAUCUCAACAACAGGAGCAGGCAGUGGUGUUUGUUUUUUUAUUGUUUGGUCUUUCUUUUACCCUUGAAUGUGCUACAGCAGCUCUUACUGUUGGAAAACAGAAAUAUCUCGGCCUUCUAAAGAAAAAAGCAGACCUUCUGACAGUGAAAAGAAUAUUCUGUUUAAAAUAUGUUCUUUGAGUAUAGAAAGCAAAGCAUAGCAACAUAUUUAUUUAUUUAAUUUUUAAAGGGUGUUGAAGAUCUGGUUUUGAUCAGUCAACGUGUCUUUAAAAACAGCAAAGCCAAUGUAACUUUUAUGUCUAGUUUAUGGAAAGAAUAAACCCUCCUCACUCUGUAACGUUCAGAUACCGUAAA